ACAGCAGCACCUACUACUACAACUACAACUGAAGCUCCUACGACAACCACAACUGCAGCACCUACCACUACAAUGACAACUGUAGCUCCUAUGAUUACUACAACAGCAUUACCUACUACUACAACUGCAACUUCAGCUCCUACGACAACCACAACUGCAGCUCCUACUACAACAACUUUAGAUCCUACUAUCACCACAACAGACGCGCCUACAACGACAACUGUAGCUCCUACGACUUAUACAACUGAAGUACCUACUACAACAACUACAAAUGCAGCUCCUACGACAACCACAACUGCAGCUCCUACUACAACAACUAUAGAUCCUACGACCACUACAAGAGAAGCACCUACAAUGACAACUGAAGCUUCUACAACAACAACUGUAGCUCCUACCACCACUACAACAGGAGCACCUACUACGACAACUACAACUGUAGCUCCUAUGAGUACUACAACAGCAUUACCUACUACUACAACUGCAACUUCAGCUCCUACGACAACCACAACUGCAGCUCCUACUACAACAACUUUAGAUCCUAUGACCACUACAACAGAAGCACCUAUAACGACAACUGAAGCUCCAACGACAACCACAACACCUACUACAACCAUUAAAACAGAAUCACCUAUAACAACAACUGUAGCUUCUACAACAACAACUGCAGCUCCUACGACCACUACAACAGCAGCACCUACUACUACAAUGACAACUGUACCUUCUACGACAACAACUGUAGCUCUUACGACCACUACGACUGCAGCACCUACUAUCACAACUACACCUGAAACUCCUACGACAACCACAACUGCUGCACCUGCUACGACAACUACAACUGAACUCCUAUGA